GUAGCGUCUUUUAUAUAAAGUGUGAAUAAGGUCAGCGUCUCUUCUCCCCCAUUUCAUUCGCAGUGACCAUCUCUUUCUCAUCUUUUGCACUUUUUUCUCCUCCGCUAGAGUGUCAACAAUGGCUUCUUCAUCGCUCAAGCGUUGGGUUAGGCCCGAGGUUUAUCCUCUGGCAGCAGCCAUGGCAGUCGCUCUCGGAAUCUGCGGAAUGCAAUUGAUUCGCAAUAUUAGCGGCAACCCUGAAGUCAGAGUGACUAAGGAAAACAGAGCUGCUGGUAUAUUGGAUAACUUUGUGGAAGGUGAAAAAUAUGCAGAGCAUAGAUUGAGGAAGUUUGUUCGCAACAAGUCUCCUGAGAUCAUGCCAUCUGUCAAUUCUUUCUUCACAGAUCCAAAAUGAAGCAAACUUAAUGUUGUGUGUGGCAUUGCAAGUCUUUGAUUUUGGAUUCAUUGUUAUGAUUUAUAAUCAGGGAAAAUGUUUUGAACCUUAAUGGAAUUGGUGAUAUGAUUUAUUUUUCUCUAAAUAAUACAAACUCUGUCUAAAUGCUUGAAACA